CUAACUGACGGCGAAGUACUCAUCCUUCGCAAGGGCAACCACGACAAAUCAUUGUACAUAAAAAAUCUUAAAUCUUACCUCUCGAAAUCGAAUCACCACACCAGUUCAACUGUCAGUCGUCCGACACGGUCUAGAAGCAACAAAAGAGCUGUCGUACACUAUGGCCGACACACAUUACACUUAGACAAUGAAAGAUCUAUGGCGAAAAGAAACGUUCACCAUAACCACAUUAAUAUAAAAGACUUACUUCGAACGAAAUCUAAUAAAAAUGAUCAUGGCGAUUAUGUUAAAGAUCUCCUGAUACUCUCCGAACCACCUAUCCAUUUCAAAUGUGACAAACACGGCCAAUGUGAUGAGGAUUUCAGAAAAUUCAGUAAGAUCUCCAAAAAGGCUGACUUAGAAUGGAAAAAUAAACGUAUGCCUGUUGGACAUUCGAAAAGAUUUCAGAUCGUAGACAAUAGAUCGAAAAAGAAACCUAAAAUGGAUACCCCAGAUAGAAAUUCUGAAGAAGAUGACAAUGAUAAGAAGAGACCUCUGCCUAUAUUUAAUAAGAAGAAGUAUGCCGCUGUAACUGGUUCUGCUUCUGCUAGUGAAGAAUCAGAAUCAGGUUCGAUAGAACGUCAAAGAGAAUCUCGAGGAGAAGACAGUGAGAGUGGAGAACAGAGUGAUUCAAAACAGAGCGGAUCUGAAGAACAGAGUGGGUCAGGGGAAGCAAGUGGAUCCCAAGCGAACAGCGGAUCAGGUGAACAAAGCGGUUCAGGGGAAGUUAAAGAAAAUUCUUCAUCAAGCAGUGAGAGCUGGGAAGUAGAGGAGGAAUUGUACGAAUCACAGUCUAAAAGCGUAGAAGAAUCUAAAGGGAGGAAACAGCACACAACUAAACUUAACCAAAAUGAAGAACCCUCUUCAGAAUCGAACAGCGAAGUAGAGGAACCGUCUAAAGAAGUAAGUAAAGAAAAGAAAAAAUAUAAGAACCACAGUAAAAAGAGGAGGAAAACGGCAUCGGAGUCGCGAGAAACUGGAGAUGAUAAAAAUAGAAAAAGAUUCGCAACGGAUGACAUAAUUCUACAAGGUAACAAAAUGUACUCAAGGACUGACAAACUAGAAAAGAAACACAAUGCGACGCAGCGCCCGAAGCGAAGAAGGCUGCAACAGUUCAUGCCUAAAAGAUACCACUGGGAUGAAUCGGAGAUACAUGACUUAGGAUACUUCUGGUAUAACGGUCCUAGAGGAAUAUAUCCCGCUCCGAAAUCUUUAUCUGUUGCUAAAAAAUAAAGUUAAUUU